CUUCUCUUGGCCGCUGGCUCUUCAUUCUAUCCCGACGGCCUUUGCGUGAACAAAAUGGCAGCCCCCAUGCCGCGGGGAAUGUUUUGCUUAUCCAGGGCUUUAGGACGGUGGUCUCGGCAGCCAGUCCUGGUGAUUCAGUCCACAGCUGUAGUUCCAGUGAGAACUAAAAAACGUUUCACACCUCCUGCUUAUGAACCUAAAUAUAAAUCGGAAAAAGAGUUUUUAGAAUAUGCCCGGAAAGCAGGACUGGUCAUUCCUCCUGAACGUUUGGAGCGUCCUUUGCAUCUGGCUUGUACAGCUGGUAUCUUUGAUGCCUAUGUUCCUCCUGAGGGCGAUGCGCGAAUAUCAUCUCUUUCAAAGGAAGGACUGGCACAGAAAACUGAGCGGUUGAAGAAAAACGUGGCAUCAAAAUUAUCAAUCCAGAAAAUAAAAGAACAUGAUGCUAAUUUUAAAGUAAAGGACUUCCCUGAAAAAGCCAAGGAUAUCUUCAUUGAGGCUCACCUUUGUUUAAACAACUCAGACCAUGACCGACUUCAUACCUUGGUAACAGAAAACUGUUUUCCGGACAUGGUCUGGGACCUCAAAUAUAAGACUGUCCGCUGGAGCUUCGUCGAAUCUCUAGAACCAGCCCAUGUGGUUCAGGUUCGCUGUUCCCACCUGCUGAACCAGGGCAACAUCUUCGGCCAGGUGACAGUCCGAAUGCACACCCGGCAGACUCUGGCUAUCUAUGAUCGGUUUGGCCGGUUGAUGUAUGGGCAAGAAGAUGUGCCCAAGGAUGUUCUGGAGUAUGUUGUGUUUGAAAGGCACCUGACAAACCCCUAUGGAAGCUGGAGAAUGCAUGGCAAGAUUAUUCCCUCAUGGGCACCCCCUAAGCAGCCCAUUAUUAAGACGGUGAUGAUCCCUGGUCCCCAGCUGAAGCCGUGGGAAGAUUAUGAAGAGGCCCAAGGAGAGGCCCGUAAAGCUCAGCUUGCCUGAUGGCAAAAAGGGCAACUGUGAAUAAAGCAUGGAAGCUGUGAUGCUCUCCAUCUUCAUCAUGCUGUAGAGAGAACUGCCUUUGUCUCUUCUUGGGUCUUUGGGUCUUUUCAGCAGUCUCAUCCUGGCAACUGACCCCACGACUGAUGCUGGGCCCGGGUGGGUGGCUGCUGUGCACAGGUGUGGACCCACUUGUUUUAUUUUCAUACAUAGCUUGGGUCUAGGUGAAAGACAGCAUGUUUCAGAGAACAGCUGACUCCUGCAGCAGGACAUUCUGGAGCAAAACAACAGAAUUUUCCUUCUAAUCACAGGGUGUGGAUCAUAGAAAUAAAACAGCAUUGGGGUGUUGGACAGAUUGUGGUGGUUUCUUGGUUCAGGCUGGAUGUAGACCAGCCUUUAGAUGCUGCAAUGGAAGAUAAACCUAAUCAUGAGUGUAACUUUCAGAAGGUCCAAAUUUGGGGAAAAUCAUGUUUAUAAAAUACACUGUCAAUAAAGAGAAUCUUAUGUA